GGGCUAGCAUGUAAUUCUCAGUUGGUGCAGUGUUUGCCUAGCAGAGAGAAAGCAAUGCCCUGGAUCCCCUCCCUCACCCAAAACUGGAUAGUCUCAUGGAGGUGGGCGUCUGUAAUUCUCGGGGGAAGCCUUCCACACAGCCCCUUUCAAAGAACUUAGUGUUGGUCUUAAGAGAGGACAACUAAGUCAGUACUGAACCCGGUUGGAGCUUAGGGGGAAAAGGAACCAAGAAGUGGGUAGGGGCAGUUGAGGGAUAUUGUUUGGAGUUUGGCAGAAAGGCAGGUCCAACUUCUUCCACCAACAAAAACAAGGACCUUCAAUUAGCUGUAGUGCAUAAAGUUGCAGAAUGCACUCUGCGGUGACCACAUGCCAACACUGCAGGCUUGCAAUAGGUGAUCUGAAGCUAGAUUGCACUUGAUUCUUGGCCUGGCCUACUUUUAUUGAGGAUUUCCUGAGUGUUGACUUCCCUUGUAUCAAAUACCACUUGAAGCAUUUUCACUUAUUAGCUCGUGCAAUGCUUAAGACAGCUAUCAGGUAAGUACCACCAUCACUCCUGGUUACCAAGGAGAACACUGUGGCCCAGAGGGCUCAGAUAACUUACUCAAGGCCACAGGGUUCAUGGGUUGUAAAAUGGAGCUUGUACCAGCCAGUCCCGUGACUUGGAUCAUUAUAAUAACAGCGACAUUAACAUAAAAAAAAACAAUUCCGGAGAACACAGCACGUGUCAAGUACUAAUAUGGGCAAGGUGCAGGUGAGGUAUUUGCAACUGAAUCUCCUUAAGGGCCGGAAGCAGCAGGGUUGCUGCACAGAAGUGACUUACAGAAGGUUUGGCCUCUCCAGAUGUCAGGGAGAGUGACCUGAAGGAAAAUACAAACAUCAGUGUUCUGUGCAGAGUUCCCUACAUUCUUUUGAUCAGUGUUGAAAGAAUGACUUACUAAACUGAGUUAAUUGGGACUACAGCAUUUGACAGGAUCCUUUUGGUCAAGCUCGACACGGGUUCCGUUGACUCUUGCAAACGGUUCAAUUAGGUGCUUUAAGAUCGUUUACAAGUUGCCCAUUUGAUCCCCUACCAGACACCGGAAGACGUCAGAAUAAGUGCUCCUGGCUACGGAGUUAGGCAGAGAUGCUAGGGACACAUUUAUCAAGCCCACCUCAGUCUUUGGUGCCCUUUUUAAAAACUUCUCAAGGGGGUUUUCUGUGGCUAUGGCAACCCUGGCUGGAAAACCAUCAGCAUUCCAGCCAUAUGCAGCCAACGAUCUGUACAGACAGAUGGGCAAGUGAUUAGGAACCCUGAUGCCCUUUGCGUUCGCUCAGCCUCAGCAGAUCAAUCUAGCGCCCUGCAACUUUCUGGAACUCAGCAUCCCACCGCAGGAUACUCUUCCCAGACUCUCCCUAAUCUUGUAGCUGGCUCCCUGCAGCCGUGACUCGGGCGUUGCAGUCCUGACAUCAUCGAAGAGGCCUCUUCUCCAGAGGCUGCAGCAGCGACAGCAGUAACAGCUUUCCCGCCUCACUGGUCGCUCACCAGGUGCGGGGCGCAGCGCUCAACGUGCCGACCUUGCAGGUCCCUCGAGGGGCGGGGCCGGAGGUGCAGCGCGGCUUCCCUGCACGCUAGCUGCCAUUGUGGGCGGCUGGGCGCUCACUCGCCCUCUCCACUCAGAGACCCUCGCCGCACGAGGCGCUCUGAACGUCCGGGAGACGCACACCGGGCUCGCCUACCCUCCCGCCAGCUCCUCCUUGCAGCAGGCGCUCUGCACGCCUCUCAGCCAGCGCGCGCUCCCAGCCCCGCCCUCGGGCGGCUCACGCACGAGCCGCGGGCGCGCGCCUCCCCCGCGCUCCCGCGCCAGACGGUCGCGAGCGCGCGUGCGCUCCUCGCAACAUCCCCGGGAGCACCGCCAGAGCGAGCGCGGGGCCGGGCGCACAGGAGUAAAAAGGAGGCGGCGGCCGCGUCUGCGAGCAACAGAUCCGGGCGACGCGAGCUGACCUCGUCUGCUGCUGCCCUUUUUCGUUCUCUCUUUCUUUAUUUUGGAGUUUCAGAAAAAAAUUAUAUUUGGAAGACAUUUUUUUUUUUUUCGUAAAUGGCGCUGGCCCCGGGUCAGCGGGCGGUUUUCUCUGCACCAAGAUGGGCUUCGCCUUUUCCGUCGUGGGCACUCUUGGUGGCUUGAUUGUCAGUCUUCUCCGGGCAUUUUUGAGACCAGGAGCCGAGCACUGCACAUAGGUGACUCGCCCUCCGGAGCGGCUGGGCGUCUUGGAUUGGGACUUGGGGGGGCAGAGUGCAGUAAAUUGCGAGCACCGCGUGCUCUCUGCAAAACCGGCGGCGAGCCGGAGGUAGGUCGCUCCCAGGGUGAAACCGCUCCCGGGCUGAGCGAGCCCGGCCCCGUGCGCAGUGCAGCCGCCCCGAGAGCGUGUCCUGUCCCCGCCGCGCCGGGAAAAUGGAGGCUGUGAUCGAGAAGGAAUGCAGCGCGCUUGGAGGCCUCUUCCAGACCAUCAUCAGCGACAUGAAGGGGAGCUAUCCAGUUUGGGAAGACUUCAUAAACAAAGCCGGAAAGCUACAGUCCCAGCUGCGGACAACAGUAGUAGCAGCAGCUGCCUUCUUGGACGCCUUUCAGAAAGUGGCUGACAUGGCCACCAACACACGUGGUGGUACCCGGGAGAUCGGCUCAGCUCUCACCAGAAUGUGCAUGCGGCACCGGAGCAUCGAGGCCAAGCUGAGGCAGUUCUCCAGUGCUUUGAUCGAUUGCCUGAUAAACCCACUGCAAGAACAAAUGGAGGAAUGGAAGAAAGUGGCCAACCAGCUGGACAAGGACCACGCAAAAGAAUAUAAGAAAGCUCGACAAGAGAUAAAAAAGAAGUCCUCUGACACGCUGAAGCUGCAGAAGAAGGCAAAAAAAGUGGACGCUCAGGGGAGGGGCGACAUCCAGCCUCAGUUGGACAGCGCUCUCCAGGAUGUCAACGAUAAAUACCUCCUGUUGGAGGAAACGGAGAAGCAGGCUGUGCGCAAGGCACUCAUCGAAGAACGAGGCCGGUUCUGCACCUUCAUCUCUAUGCUGCGGCCAGUGAUCGAGGAAGAGAUUUCCAUGUUAGGAGAGAUUACCCACCUUCAGACCAUAUCGGAGGAUCUGAAGAGCCUGACCAUGGACCCUCACAAGCUGCCCUCCUCAAGUGAACAGGUGAUUUUGGACUUGAAAGGUUCUGACUAUAGUUGGUCCUAUCAGACGCCUCCUUCUUCUCCCAGUACAACUAUGUCCAGAAAGUCAAGUGUCUGCAGCAGCCUGAACAGCGUCAACAGCAGUGACUCCCGGUCCAGUGGCUCCCACUCGCACUCGCCCAGCUCGCAUUACCGGUACCGCAGCUCUAACCUGGCCCAGCAGGCCCCCGUGAGGCUGUCCAGCGUGUCCUCCCACGACUCAGGAUUCAUAUCCCAGGACGCCUUCCAGUCCAAGUCACCCUCUCCCAUGCCACCUGAAGCUGCCAACCAGAACUCGUCCAGCUCGGCCUCCUCCGAAGCGUCGGAAACCUGCCAGUCAGUGAGCGAGUGCAGCUCCCCCACCUCAGUCAGCUCAGGCUCUACCAUGGGCGCCUGGGUGUCCACAGAGAAGUUGUCUAAUGGGUUUUCUCACUGUAGUUUAUCAAGUGAGUCCCAUGCAGGGCCCGUGGGUGCAGGCCCUUUCCCUCAUUGCCUGCCUGCCUCCCGCCUGCUCCCUCGGGUCACCUCUGUCCACCUUCCUGACUACGCUCAUUAUUACACCAUUGGGCCCGGCAUGUUCCCGUCAUCUCAGAUCCCUAGCUGGAAGGACUGGGCAAAGCCAGGACCCUAUGACCAGCCACUGGUGAACACCCUCCAGCGCCGCAAAGAGAAACGUGAGCCAGACUCUAAUGGGGGAGGACCCACUACGACAGGAGGGCCACCUGCAGGUGCUGAAGAGGCGCAGAGACCAAGGAGCAUGACGGUGUCAGCUGCCACCAGGCCUGGUGAGGAGAUGGCGGCCUGUGAGGAACUGACACUCGCCCUGUCCCGGGGCCUCCAGCUGGACGUGCAGAGGAGCAGCCGGGACUCACUACAGUGCUCCAGCGGCUACAGCACCCAGACCACCACCCCGUGCUGCUCUGAGGAUACCAUCCCCUCCCAAGGUACGAGGCGCCCAGCUUGCCGUCCGGCUUUCCGGGCGGGUCCAGCAUGGGAAAAGAAGAGCUGUGGCCCUGGACCUGGACCAUCUAAUCGGAUCCUAUCCUCAGUUUCAGAUUACGAUUAUUUCUCUGUAAGUGGCGACCAGGAGGCAGAGCAGCAAGAAUUCGACAAGUCCUCCACCAUUCCAAGGAACAGUGACAUCAGCCAGUCUUACAGGCGGAUGUUCCAAGCCAAGCGUCCAGCCUCAACGGCUGGCCUACCCACCACUCUCGGACCUGCUAUGGUCACACCAGGGGUGGCGACCAUCCGACGGACCCCUUCCACCAAGCCUUCUGUCCGCCGGGGGACCAUCGGAGCUGGUCCUAUUCCCAUCAAGACACCAGUGAUCCCUGUCAAAACCCCAACUGUCCCAGACCUCCCUGGGGUUUUGCCAUCCCCUCCAGAUGGGCCAGAGGAGCGGGGUGAGCACAGCCCCGAGUCUCCAUCUGCAGGGGAGGGGCCCCAGGGUGUCAGCAAUAUACCCUCUUCCUUGUGGAGUGGCCAAGCACCCGUCAACCCUCCACUUCCAGGCCCAAAGCCCAGUAUCCCUGAGGAACACAGACAGGCGAUUCCAGAGAGCGAGGCUGAAGACCAGGAAAGGGACCCCCCAAGUGCCACUGUCUCCCCAGGCCCGAUUCCAGAGAGUGACCCCGCAGACCUGAGCCCCAGAGAAAGUCCUCAGGGAGAAGACAUGUUGAACGCCAUCCGGAGGGGCGUGAAGCUGAAGAAGACGACCACCAACGAUCGCUCAGCACCGCGCUUCUCUUAGGUUCUCCUGGUUCCCAGGAGAUGCUGCCAGCGCGAACGAACUCUUUAAUUAAUAAAGCCUAAUUUGUCUUGAUCCAUUCCAGUCUAUAAUCAAGCAAACGAUUUUGUAGGCAAUUCGGAAUCCUGCUCUUUUCAAAGUAUUCGACAUCUUUAGAUAAGAAUUAAAAGCAACAUAUGUAAUUGACAUAACCUUGAUCUUUUAAUUUGUAAAUAUUGACGGUUUCUUUCUGCAUACUUUAAUCUUAGUUUCCCUUUUGAUUUUUCUGAAGGUGCCAAAUUCCAUUUAACUUUUUUACAGGUCUUUGUAAAAUUUUAAAAGCAUAAAGGGGAGGGGGGUGGGUUGGGAUGGGAACCUUGGAGUAAUUUCACAAGAGGAUUACAUACUUAGUUGUUUUUCUUUUUUUUUUCUCCCCUCACGCUUUUGUAGAUGCAUUGUAGUUGUCUAGUUUAGAAGCAAAUUCAAGUUAUUUUAAUGGAUAAACACAACGGAUAAGGGGUGAAACCCUCACUCACAUAUACUGUGUUCUGGAGGAGAAACGCAGGAGUAACAGUUGAGCAGUACGCAGAGAAGGAAACCGGACAUGGUGGACUGUGUGGGGAUUGGGGGGAGGGCUGGGGGAGGGGCACACUGUCAACAUAGCCAAUCCUGUUACAUUUAAGAGUAGCCUUGUAGGUUGAAUUUCCAGUAGCUUCAUGGUUAACGCAUCUGAAUAAGCCAUACUAGAUUGCAGUGUUUGUUUCUGUAAGGUUUUUAAGGACUUCCUUUCUCCCGGCAUUCCUCUUGACCGCACACACAGCAUCCACACCCGGUCCUGCGCAUGCUGCUGCCAUGGGUAGACAUAGUCCCUUCUUUACUUUCUCGUCUCUUAUACUCACUUCCACUGAAUCCAAAUACAUCCAAAGGGGUAAGGCAAUUCAGAAAACGUGCAAACAUUUUAAAAUGAUAGCAGGGAAUUCUUAGAUAUAGAAAAUGCCUUUUACUUAACUGUGCCCAGCAGGCUGGGUGCGUUGAAAAGCCCAGAUAUUUUGAAGAAAAAAAAAAUUCAAACAGAUUUAUCAAGGGUAACCAGCUUGGAGUCUAGCAAUUUUGCCAAUGUGCUUACCAAUUUGGGGGCUUGUUUUUCUUCCCUUCCUUACAUAAGGACAGUUGAUUGGCUUCUAAACACCGGAGCAAAGUGGAUUUAUUUACUGUCAACUGGGAGUCUGACUUCAAUUCAGGCAAUGUUUUUUCUUCUUUUUCUUUUUUUCUUUAAAAGUGAAUUUGUCCUUUCUUUCUUUAAGUGGAAGUUAAAUUUGUUAAAAUGCCCAUCCCUAAAGUCAACAGAGAACUGUAGAUUUCAAGAGCUCACAUUUAAAGACAGCUGUUCAAAGGGCAAGGCCCUCGGCAGCACAGCAGCUGACAGUACACGCCUGACAUUUUGGGCAGGAGACUUGGUGGGUCCCAUGUGCUCCGCAGAUCUCCCGUUGGCUCUAGCCUCUGAUGACGUAAUCUUCUACUUUAACACCUCACCACCUCGGAUGUGAGAGUACCGUUCCUCUAGUCAUUGCUCUAUAGAUUAACAUUUAACACUGCUGUGACUGAUUGCUCAAAGGACAUUUUAUGUUAUGGCUUUAAAGCAGAGGCAUGAUUAUUAGAAAUGACUUAAGCUCUUUUCUUUGAAAAACAAGCUCCUUUUGCAGACGAAGCAAACAGUAGUGCCUGUGGUUUAGCCCGCCAAUCUUGACGACUCAAAGUAGCUGAUGCAUUGUGCAUAUGAUGCUUGAGAUGGUUUUGCAGAUGCAGACAUCGCUGCAAGGUCAUUCUAAUAGAGACAAGCGGUAUUUUAAACCUUUGAAAGGAAUGGAUGUAACUGUACGUUGGUACAGCUUUUCACUUGUUUAGUUUUUAAACGUUAGUAUAAUCUGAAUAAAGUUAAUAUAAACUGUUGCCAAAUUCAAUGUAGAAAGAAUGUGACAAACACCUUGGGUAGUUCUGUUUGUGUUUUUGCAUAUUGUAAAAGCAGUGUCACAGCUGAAAAUGAACCCUUUCUAAAGGUAAAUUAUUGUGAUUUAGUUGCUAGUUUGUAUUGAGAGUUGACCUCUCCCUGUGCAGUUUUUGUUUGGAACUUGUAUAGAUAACAGCGUGUAAUGUGUCCCCUUCUACACUGUAACAGUUGCUUCUGCCUACCUUAUAAAUAAAGAAUCACUAAGAAAAAGA